CAAAAGGGGAAAAGGGAUUUCCCCAACCCUAAUUUUCUUCGAUUUCUUCUCUUCUUCGCCGUGGAGGUCUCCUUCAAUGGCGAUUCUUCACUGACACUCCCCUUUCUCUUGUGUUCUUCAAUUUCUUGUGUUCUUCGAUCUCUCUUGUCUCUAAUCUCUUCUCACCGCAUCUUCCUCUUCAAUAUCUUCUGUUCUUCCUCUUCGUCUCUUAUCAAUCCUGACGAAAUCGGACUCUUCCUUCUCACAAGAUAUGUCUGAGGAGCUACCAAAGAGGAUUUUUAAUGAGGGCGACGAGCCCCAAGUGACUCAGAUCAAUAACAACUGCAGGAUCGACUACAUUAUCAAGAAGUUCGAGAAGUGGAUGCCAAAGGAGUUUGCUGAUGUGAAGAAAGAUCCGGUUUUCUCUCAGGUUUUCAAGCUUCAUGAGAAUGGUCUUGGCUACUCCGCGAGAGUGAUACACAGCAUCUUGUGCAGGGAGCUUCUGACUUACAUGAUGCACGAGCUGUGGUUUGUUUUCGCUCGAAGGCCACAUCGAUUUUCACUCCAAGAGUUCCACGCAGUGACCGGGUUUGAGUGCAGGACUAGUCUUUCACUUAAGAUUGACUUAGAAGACUAUGCAUAUGACGGUGGUUUCUGGAGCAAGGUCUUGAAGAGGAAAGAUGAAUCCAUUACACUCUUCAACCUGUGGAAUAAGGACAAGGCAGCUGUGAUGAAGUGGAAGAAUGCAGAUCGCAUUAGACUGAUCUACUUGGCCAUCAUUCUCUGUGUGGUUUUGGCGAGAGAUGAGAAGGCCAAUAUCCCCCUCAAAUACAUCACACUGGUCAUGGAUCUGGAGAAGUUUCGGAAGUAUCCUUGGGGAGUUUCGGCUUACGACCUUCUCUGCAGUUCGAUAGCCAAAAACCGUCACAAACUGAAGGAGAAGACAACAAGUUAUGUGUUAGAUGGAUUCUCAUACGCCUUGCAGAUUUGGGCUAUGGAAGCUGUACCAAAGAUUGGUAAGCUUUGUGGAAAGAAACUGGACAAAAGCUUUGCUAAUGGUCCUAGAUGCAUCAACUGGAGGGGAGCUGCAAAGGUUUCAUAUGAUGAGAUCAAUAGGCUGGAGCAAAUCUUUACAGCAGAGGAUGUCAGCUAUCCAUACAUCUCAUGGGCAGGGAAUAUGGUUGUAAUCCGAAGUCAGGAAUUUAGCAGAGAUGAUGAUGUCGAGGAUGACAGGGUCAAUGUUGUGAUGGAGUUGAUACGGGCUAAGCAUGACUUCAGUGAGCAUAUUUGGGAAUUUGAAGAAACUGAGGUUUCUUUAGAUCUUAAUGAUGAAGCACCAGCGAAUGUUGAAGCAGCUGAGAGUGAGGAAGAGUUCGAGACUCCACAAGGAUCAAAUAACGUAAGCUCUACAUCAAGAAGAGGUAAGAAGAGGGUCCCUGAUCGUGGUAUGGAAAAAAGGAAGCAUAAGGUUCUCUCUAGUGCACCAAAGCAAGCGCCUUUUAACGAAGACAUGAAGGCUUUCGUGACACAGUUGUUUGAAGACAACUUCUCUGCAAUGGAAAAGAGGCUACAGAAACAGAUGUCCGAGACAUUUGAGCAAAUGAAGUCGGGCCUCAUUGCUUCCCGAAAAGAAGCAAGCGUUGAAGUUGAGCAUAGAGGGCCUUCACCGUCCAAGGCAACAACGAGCCAACCACCGUUGAGGAGGUCCACACGAGGGAUGGUUUCGGUGUCUGUUUGUGUUAUUGUCUUAUAUGAUAUCGGCCUGGAUUUUGUUGUGUUUUAUAAGGAAGCAGUCGCGAGUCCAGUUAAAUUCAGUCAAGAUGAUGAUAUCUUUCGAGGGAUAGGUACUCAAGGCGUUGAAAAUCUUUCUCAGGCUUCGCAUGUGCCCGAAGUUGAUCCAUCUCAGACAGAUAAGGAAGAAGAUUGGUGGACUCCAAUGACUACAGCACGAGGUUCACGAGCUAAAGACAAAACACCACCUCCGUCACAGUGGAAGAAAUGGUCUAAAGGAAAUGGCAAAGGACCUCAGCUUAGUGAUACACCAUUGCCACAAGAUGAUUCUCCUGAGUCGCAACUGUAUUAUUUCUCUGAAGAAUCAUGGGACAGAUUCACGCAAUGGUCUAUGAAUCCCAUACCUUUGCAAAUUGGUCCUACAAUCUUCAAUUCGACUGUAGCUACAAGGAUAGUAUGUGCUGGAAAAUGGCUUGGGAACGACGAAAUGGAUGCUUAUAUGUUUAUAUGGCGAGUUAAAACAUCUUUGGGACGUUGGGGCCCAACCCGUGUUGCUUUCAUGUCCGCUAUUUUCAGCCUCCAACUCAACGCCGCAUACAAUGUGUUCCACCCUGACAAGAAAUCUUACCAAUUGCCUGAGUUUCUUCUUAGUUACGGGAGAGGAGAACUUCCAUCUCAUGGGCGGACUGAUCUAGUUUGGGGCGUUGAUAUUGAUCGUCUAUACUUUCCGUUGUUUGUGAACGGUAAUCACUGGAUUGCUGUCACCGUAAACAUCAUUGAAAGAAAAGUGGAAGCUUUUGAUUGCGGUGGGAGAAGGAAUAAGAAUAGGCAAUCCCUUGAGAAGUUUGCUCACAUGAUUCCUAGGAUAGUGAAGGCCGUUGCACCACCUGAUAGACAGAAGAAGCUACUCCUGUCACCAUAUACUAUUGUGGAAGUCCCUAUGAAGAAGAGAUUGAACAAGUCAUGUUGUGAUUGCGGUGUAUACGCACUCAAACACUUGGAGUGCCUACUGCUUGGUGUCGACAUCAGCUUAGUGGAUGACGAAAUCAUCCAGGGUUGCAGACAAAAGAUUGGUGUGGAAUUAUGGGAGGCUACCCAAGAUCCCAUUUUCACUGAUGCUAUGACUCGAUAUGUACCUUCACCAUGGGAGAGGUCUGAGGUCUUUGACCUUGAAGAAGACUGA